AUGUCCAUCUCCUUGGCUCUCGGAAGUCCAUGUCUCGCAGGCUAUUCACUCACUCUCACUGUCCUCAAUAUCAAAUGGGUUGUCCGCCGCUUCCGCAAUGUCAACUAUCCAAACAGCAGCUGGGCAACUCUCGUCCUUUCAAAGCUGCAACAAAUGCCACUUAAAUCAUGGCGCACCGUUAGCACCGACGCAGGCGAUUACCCACUAUUGGCUUCGCUCAUCGUGCUUCCCGAAAAUGAUCGUUGGUGGGAAAAACUCGAGAAAGACCUCAACUACGCUGACCCGCAUUCAUGGUCGAUCGCAAGCGUCACCUCUAUUUCCUGGGUCAUCGUCGCGUAUGCUCUAACUGUAGUGGAUGCAUUCACGACGAUCUCCAGCGAUCCGAACCGCAAUGGAGGGGGCCUCUCCGGCGUUGGGAGCAUCUGGCUAUGGAUGAUCCCGAUAACUAUUGGGUACCUGCAGUUGUCCCCUCGAUGUGAUUUAAAUCGUGGAGAAGACGUUUUAAACGACGCCAACCAGCUUUGUGUUGUCGCAGGACCGAACGGGGUCGUCAACGCCAGUGCUGUUCUCGGAGAAUCCGCCUUAACGAUCCAAAACUACGCACAACACCGAGAGCUCCAUGCAGACCAACUAGCCACCGCCCCCAUCUACAACUAUGCGCGCCUCUUCUCCUUUGUAAACGUCGUCGAAGAGAUCGCAUGUGUGUUUGACGCCGCAAAGGAGAAAGCCCACAACCGUGAAACUGUUUCCGGGGCAGACUGGCAACCAAGUGACGGUAAGACUGUUCAUGAAGCCAAUCGACGUGGGACAAGCGAGCAGAUUGUCCAGUAUUGCUCCCCACUCCCGUCGGUCAGCCGGUCGCAUUGGGGAUCGGGGUCUGGAUUGUCAAGUCGAUUCCUCAUUGCGGCAGUCGCCGGCCUCACGCUUCAAUGGAGCACAAUUGGGGGCUCCAUCAUAAUCGUCUAUUACUCCCCCACUGUGGGCUUUGGUUGUCGCUCGACGGCAUACCUCCUCUAUGCCGCCGUAGCAACCGUCGUUUGGGUCCUUCUCGUUGCAAGCGCAUUUCUUGCCCACUACGCCAUCUCGCCCCGGGCCGGGCCGCGGCACAGCACAUACCACAAAGCUGCAGAACACAUUUCGAUAUAUUGUCGUCGAGCCGCCAAGCUCCUCGCGACGCUCAACUCGGUCUGGAUCGUGGUCAUGCUUCUCCUCCAAUUCAGCGGCUUCCUCGACCGGUGCUACUGCAACUCGGAUGUCAUCGGCCUCGGCAGGCGUGCAUACGAUGUGAUGGUCCUGCUUCCUUCAGAUAUUCCCAAUAUGAAGGCUGCCUGGGUGAGCGGAAUACUGCUGGCAGUAGUCUGCACUAUUGUCUGGUUGUUGUUUCUGAACCUGAUGGUCGACCCACUUCCGCGGCCACACACACGCCUAUCGCCCAGUGGCCGGGGCGUGAAAAGAAGAGAUCGGAUCACGACGGCCUGGUGA